CCUAACUAUACACAUCGCUUUUAACCAUCAUCGCCAGCUCGUUACACAAGUUUUUUUUUAUCUAGUGUAUGGUGAAGGUUUAUGUCAACAAUAUUUAAAGCAGUUUUAACUCAACAUUGCUGUUUUCAAGUUAAUGACGUCUCAUGAUUUAUGAUGUUUAUUUGAACAAAGGAAUUGGUUAUUUUAAAUACAGUGGAACUUUUUUAAAGGGCGUGUGUAGCUUUAGUCUUUGAGGAAACCCGAACUAAAAAAUGCAGUCGAUGACAUCAAAAUACGAGCAUCAAGUCACAGACGAAGAGGAAGAAAUCGACGUCGGAAGAACUGGUCACGUGACGCCAUUUGGUAGUGAUUCUGAAGGAAGUAUCUCAAGUGGCGGAGAGGGAAGAGCCGUGACCCCUCUCAUGCCCCUCCCUGGCAAGUCACCCAACAGUAGAAGUAGAGAAACCCCCUCCCCAUCAUCGCCAGUUACCCCACCUCAAUAUAAAGGGUUGGAUUCAAAAGAUUGUACUGAUUAUAGUCAAGUAAGAAGAUAUCGAACAGCUUUCACGAGAGAACAGAUCAACAAAUUAGAGAAGGAAUUUGCUAAAGAGAAUUAUAUCUCCAGACCUAAACGAUGUGAACUAGCUGCUGCCAUGAAUCUCUCAGAAAGCACCAUUAAGGUUUGGUUCCAGAAUCGUCGAAUGAAGGACAAAAGACAGAGAAUGGCUGUCGCCUGGCCUUAUGGAAUCCCACCGGAUCCCCAUCUUUACGCCUAUCUAGCAGCAGCCGCCGCUUCGUAUCCGUACAACAUGAACGGAAGUUCACCUCUAAGUCAUGCAGCGCUCGGUCUCACAAGCCAAGCUUCACCGUUAUCGCCUUUCCAACUUCCAGGUAUGACGUCAAGACCGGAUCUACUUAGUUCCAUGUCCACGGCGUUUCACAAACCAACUGGUCUUGAAGGGUUGUCUCCCAUGGCAGCUCAUUCUCUAGGCUAUGCCUUAAAUUUUGGUGUUAUGGGUGGGUAUGGUUUACACGAACAAUCUGUCGGUGUAUCUAUUUCUAAUAAGCCAUGCCCAUGCCAUUCUCCCUCACUCGGACCGCAUACAUUAUCUGCACAUGCUCAUCUUUCUAGUACUGGUAGAGCGUCACCUACUUCCUCUCCACCUGCCAAGAAAAGGGAGUUAAAUCUGUGAUAGUCUAUAUAAGAGAACUAUUAGAACAUUGGUAAUAUUGUGCUGUAAGUUGUUAAUAUUAACUGGGAACAAAGUGUAUAUAUAUUCCCCCGGUGUAUAUAUGAGUUGAAGAAUGGUGGUGUAUGGAGUCACGUGAAGUUUAGAGAUUGGAAAUCUACAAAUGUUAGGUUGACUGAAGGAUGAAAUUGUCGAGAUCUCGUAGACUUGAAUUUUUAAAACUGGACCUAAAUGGCAGUUGGCUAUGUGUUUCUUGGGCUAUCUGUAAUUCAUUUAUUAUUGACAUACUGUAAGGUUCAUUAGAAUGACUAGAUAAAAGGUGCUAAUAAGAUUUGGAUCAAAAUAGACGAUUUUGUGUUAGAAAUGGAUUUGAGGUGUAUAAAUAUAACGUUGAAAAUGAAACGUUGAAAAUAUGUCGGAAGACGUUAAUUAUUGAAACUUCAAUAAAGUUCAUGUCUGGAA